AUGCCGCAAGACGUGGACAUUGACAAGGAAGAGCGCAGCGCGGCGUUUGUGGCGCUCUUCGAAGAUUGCGCAAGCGCAGGAGUGGGGAAGGCAAAAAUCUGGCGCGAGAGUGUCAACGGAUACCAACUAGCACGCGGCUGGUUUGCCGCUCGAGACCUCCUGGAGUCGAGUGGGGAGCUUGUCGAAGGAAAUCCUUCAUGUGCUUGGGCUGAGUUCCCGCCGCAGGACCGGUCUGGGUGGUCAAGAAAGCAGCUUUUCAGAGAAAGACCGGAAGAUGUUCGGGGAGCUUCUACAGGAAAAAUCACUGGGCCAACACCCGCGGACGUGGAGCAGAUAAUGCUCGCAGAGCUUGCGGAGGCAAACCCCCUGCCGCCACCUCCAGCGAAAGAAACCUCCGACGGUUCCGCCCCGAGCAGCGGCAGUGGCGUUCUGGUGGUUUGCGAGUCUGGCGAAGUGCUCCGUGUGCUUGCCCGGGCGCUGGACUUCCGAACUCUUGACACCGGCGUAAACCGGAAGGACGAAAGAACUAUGGCCGAAGCGACCGCCAUUUUGGAGGCGAAGCGCAAAGGCUAUCGAGUUGCUGUGUCGGAACCCAAUCCCGAUCUUGGGACCACCUGCUACGCGGCAAGAGUUGAGGGCAUCUUCCGCGGUUCGAAGCCGACGCGGAUCACCCUUGUAGCGCCCUCCAAGGACAGCGAAUUUCGCCGCGGAGUUGCUCAGCAGGAAACGCGGGACGUGAAGAACGGUGGCGGUGCAACAGGCUGCUCCGCAAGCACCCCCGCUGCAGAAGGAUCCUCGUCUCUCGAAGGCAUCCGGUCCAUAUUCGACACACAGACGCGGUAUGAAUGGAAGGAAGAUCAUCCUGCGUCAGGUCCACCAGGCUCAGCAAGAAGAGACAAACAGCACGAAACGCAGCGAACGCAAGGCCCAGGGCUGCAAUUGUGUGGAGUGUAGUAGAAGUAGUUGUAGUUCUAGUCCUUAUUAUUUUCGAUUUCGAUGCCGCAUGAACAAGAUGAGUGAGAAUGUAGCACCAUUAGGUCGUGGCUCCAUGGCCGCGAUUCGGGCGACUUUCAUUUUCCGCAUUUUGGUGAAUGUACAGGUGUAAAAAAGCAUGCUCAUGUUGCAUCUUUAUCUCUCACUUUGUGCUUAUCAAGACAGACAUUUCAUUUCUUGCUGAGCCCGGAACAACUGACGAAACGGCUUUUGGGUUCAUGAACGAAAAGACGAAAUCACAAAGCAGGCAGAGCUCCAUGCCGCGAUCCGCAGUUUUAGCAGCGGCACGGUGCUGGGGCGUCCCAGACGGGGAUGGGAUGGCCGGGUAGAACAGUGCCUCCAAGAGGUGCGCGAGCUUUUUGCUGACCACGCUACCGCCGUCUUCUGGAUGGACCCAGAUCUUGUGGGUGACGGAAUCGCUGUUGAGCUAUGCAAGCAGCUGUGCGAAUGCAACAGGAGCAGCAGCCUUCGUCCCGGAGGGCAGACCGAGUGCCUGCGUGCGACAAGCCGGGCCAUUGGGGGAGCAGAACAACUGGCCCGACAUGCGUUCCGAACGGCGAAACCAAUUGCCGACCUUCAGGCGCGGGGCGACGCGUGUGUGGUCCGUUCGGCCGUGCAGCUGCUCGCCCGCGAAGCGUUUGGCAACCUCGCCCAGCAUUUCGUCGCGGGAGAAAACCGUAGCUACGUGUUUAAGCAGAAGGAGCAGUUAGUGGCCGUCGCCCACGAGAUGGGUUUUCCGGAGCUGACGGCACUGAAAAAAACCUGUCAGCCGCCAGAACAAAUCGACACGGACAGCAAUGGUGCCAUCUUCGAGUUGCAAUCAGAGGAAUUUCCGGGUGUCGUGUUCAAAUGCAACGCCGCGACCGUAACAACUGACCAGCCUGGGUUGCUGGAUCGCCGUUCGCAGGACGAGGGGGCACCUCCGAAGCGCGUCUCAGGAGUUGGCAGCGUGUGGAAGGUGUCGAGCUCGCAAAUGGAACUGCCGCAGCCACCGCCCUUAAAGCCGACGGAACUGCUGAAGAUAGCGGCAUGGCACGGAAUCACCCCGGCGAGGACGCUCGACGCCGCGCGGCGGCUCUUCCGAUGCGGGCUUGUGUCUUUCCCACUGGAGACUGCGGGAGCUGGCGGCCUCUCAGCAAUCAACCCGACGGCGCCGAUCGCUUUGCUGACGACCGGCAAUCAGGAAUUCCAGUUUCGGAUCGAAACCUACCAGAACACAAAGCAGCAGCUGGAGAACGAAGACGAUCGCUACCCCUUUGAAGCUUGUCGCUGUUCCUCCUCCAUGCUGGGGUGCUGUUUUGUAUUUCCCACGUAGAAGAAGAAGCUUGUGCUAAAUUGUAUGUAGUGAGGUCACCGAACGGUUCUAGCCGGGGAGUUUUUUUGCCACCUACCGUGAAAAACGACCGGCAGUUUUCAAGCGGCCGGAAGCGUUUUUUGACAUAAAAGAUUUUCAAUUAUCAAGCCUCCGGGGCUUUGAAGUCAAACAAGCCCGGUCGAAAACUAUCGACUCGCACUGGAUAAAACGACGCAGGGAAGCCGGCAAAAGGGGCGCCGUUCCGAGGCGCCCGCCGCCUUGGUUUCUGGCGAUUUGGGGCGCCCAAAAAGGGGCGCGCAAAAAACGCGCCCAAAAUCAGAACAGCGAAACAGCAUGGCACGGCCGCGAUUUCGGAGCAUCUUGGGCGGCCGCGAAAGCGGCCGCCUUUUCGCCGGUUUUAGAGCCUGGGAAGCUUUGCAAAAAGCGCCGGCGUGAAAAAUAAAAACGCGAAAAAUAAAAAACGCCCCAGACGCGCAAAGCCAAUCCGCAUGCUAUGGGCCCGGUUUUUCUUCGCUUUUUGGGCGCCCCCCGUGGCACCCGGAUCGGCCCCAUAGCAUCGGGGCUGGCUUUCGGGAAGGAAUUUGGGAAAUGUGCCAAAAUUUGUGAUGUUUCCCAAGUGGCCGCCAUACCGUGCGGCAUAACGUUACUCACGGCGGUAUGGCGAGCCCAGAAAAAACAAAGGCGCGGCCAAGGCGGCGGUCGGCAAAAAAACGCCCACGACCUCACUACCCCCGCCCCGGCGGCUAUAUUUGGUAUUUCCCACGUCUUCACCAGUCGCCCACUUCCCACGUCUUCAAUCGCCCACGCUCUUCCGAGGCGUUUAUCUUGUUUAUGCAUGCUGCGCGGCAAGCUUCAUUUUCUAUUUCUUUUUCAUUUGGAGCAUCUCUGUCGCGUCAGCUGGUACAGCUUAGAUGACAAUGGAGACCGAGAUGUCAAUGAACUAGUAUUGAUGAUGAAUGGUAACGAUAUGCAGCAGUGGGUAAUAGUUACAGUAUCACUGAGUUGCAUCAAUUGCAGCAACCUUUGCUCUGCGUGGAGAUUAAAGCGACUCGCUUCUUGUGGAUAGUGGCGCUAUUCUCGACAUAGUGGAGCGCUACCACACCGCGAGCACGCUGACGCCGACGAGCGGACGCGGAGGCUCGGUUGAAAUAAAAUACCGGCGCGAGCGGAUGCAGGCUGAGACUCCUGGCGUUUUCAAGGACAACCGGAGGCACGAACGAGACCGCGAACGCAGUGCGCGCCUCGCUGUUUGGCACGGAAUUCAGUGCGUCGUCCAGAAGGAUGCCUACGAUCUGGCAAAACUAGUGCCGGAAUACGUGGAAGAGCAAUGCCCCGGCCUGAUAUCUUCUAUCUCUGCAAUUCGGCAGCUGCCGCGCGAGCAACAGCUAGAUGUCGAAUCCGCAUACGCGACGACGACCGAUAUGCGCGAAUUUUUGUUCAGCGCGCCCGAUUCUCAUUUUUCCCGGGCGAAAAGCCUCCGUAGCUGCUCCAUUCGCUUUGUCGAACCUGUAGCGUCUUUUCCAACUGACGCGGACUUGCUGGCCCACUUUGUAGAGAAGGCAGUUCCAGCAGUAGACAACGACACAGAUGACGCAGAUCAAAACGCACCGGGGCCAGACGCCCAGGGAGAAGACGGGAGCCCGCGGGAGGUAGCACGGACCCCGGCUGCCCUGGAAAGCGACAAGAGAGACCUACUUCCGAUAACCGUCGCCGGGGCUGUCGCAAACAUGGUUUCGUGCGGAAUAUUAGAACCAGUAGCGACGCAGACUGCGAAGAGAUCUAGAGCUGCCGCGUCGAGUAUUGCCGCCCCUCAUCUUCUGGAGCCGCGAAGACUAGGCCCCACACUCCUUGGCCGCGAACUCUACUCCGUCAUAGAAGCUCUGGAAAGCGACGCGGCGCCCAUCUUCAUCACAAAUGCGAGUUUCACCACUUUCGUUGAGGACACUGCGCGGAGAGUCGCAACGGGAGCGGCAACGCUAGAAAACGUGCUAAAAGUAUCCACUGCAACAAUGUCUCUGUCGUGUCCAGCUACUGCUGCUGCGUGUCUCUAUUUGCACACUCGUAGCAGGGGCUGACGUAACAUGAAUAUUGCCAAAUAAACUCUGACGCUCUCGUCCUAGUAUUUGUUUUUCUUCGUGUGUUGCAAGUCCAAGUCGCAUCCGUUUGUAAAUUAUCUACAAUCAACCGCAGAUAGUGUGACACAUGAUCGAUAGCGUUGCCACCUUCUAUCUCGGUUUCUUGGGCCCACCACAGUUUGGUACUUCUAGGACAAGAACCUUAAUACCUCUUGCACUGCAAAACGGUGUUGGCCAAACUGCUCUAGUUACCGGGCACGAUGGAGGUCUUGUUGUAUUGCAUAGACGACGGGAAGUGGUAAUCCAGAGCUUUUAGACAAGCGGGACGAUCUCCCAGCGGAUCAGAAGCCGCCGCCCUCCAACCUGGCUUGGUUCAUCCGUCACAGAUUUGAAGUAGCGGCGGAAAAACUCGCGGCUAUUGCGCGAGGAGAAAUCAAGCCGGUAGCGCCGGACGGGAGACGAAAGCCUGCGCCAUUCGCCGAGAAAGGUGCGCACUCGCCGCGUAGAGAGAGUCGCCAUCGCGCCGCGGCAGGCAGGCGCGGCACUCGGACCAGAGAGGACGCUCGCGGAUCGAGGUCGAGGUCGCGCUCGCGAAUUAGGGCAAGAAGCCAGAGCCGGCCGAAACGAGACCGGGACCGCAGACGGAGUCCCAGCAAGAUACGUGGGCGAAGCGUGAAGCGAGAUGUUGGUCGUGGGCGCGAUCGAAGUCGUUCGAGAAGACCACAGGAGCGCCACCGUAGUAAAGAUAAAGAGUCGCGAGCUCGUCGCGUUGACGACCGGCGCGAGCCUGCCAAAGCGAACAGGCCCUCCUCAACCAAACGAGACACCGCAGCACGUGGCAAGAGCACAAGGAAGCGAGUCAGCAAAAGCAGGGCGCGGCCAGCGCGGGAUGUUAGAAGUCGAAGCAGAGAUCGUCAAGACCAUCGCCUCCCACCUGCGGACGAAAAAGCAAGAGCAACCGCGGCCACGACUGUUGAAGCUGAUCCUAAAAUCGCGCGUCGCGAUGAGCGGCCGGAAGUGCUCAUCGGAAAAAUCGCAGGAGCCAUAGCCAAGACGAAGAAGCGGCAACAGUCUGCAUCGCGUUUCCGUGGUGCACCACCGCCCCCUCCUCCUCCGCCUCCUCCACUAGCAGAGGAGAGCGCUCCCUCUGCAGCUCCUGUUCUUUCCAGAACAGCGAAAAACCUAUCUCCAGCAAAAGACGCCAGCACCCGCGCAACUUCUACGACCCAAGACCGCAGGGCCGGGGUCAACAUGCCGUCUUCGUCUGCAAGCGAAUCCUCCGCCGAACUGGACCGGCGCAAAAGAGCGAGGAAGAGCGUGUUUGGUCCAAGAAUAGAUGAGAACAAUAAGGAUUACGAAGAGGGUGCUGCAGCUGCGGAGCUAGACGCCGGCGAUUUUACCUCCACUCUGAUGCGGCGAUCAGCCGUUCCUGCGCCACCGCCUCUGGAGCUGAUAAAUACGAAAACAAAGCUGAACAACUACUCGAUUUCCAAUGACAAAACGGUGGAGCAGCAGAAGAGGAGCGAUGCGCUUCCUGAUGUUGGCGACCCUACGGCCAAAAGGCGAAACAAAGCGGAAACACAACAAGCAUCUUCGUCAUCUUCGAGUGGUGGCAAGAACUACCACAUCGACAAUAGAGCAGUCUACAACAACCCGCGUUUUGGAGCGCCCUCGUCCACGUUUGACAUGGUCCAGCAAGUCAACCCAUACGGAGCGGCGGCCAGCAGCAGCUCUGUAGCUACACAGUGCAAACUGGCCCUCGGGUGGUCAAGCAAGAAAAAGCUGUGCCUCUUUUCCUUUCAUAGAGGGAAGCGCCUCUCUGUAUUGGGAGGAAAAAAGAGUUGACUGGUGCAUGACAAGGCUGCAGGCUGUCACAGCUAGUAGAAGAUAGACAAUGGCAUAUCUAAUGAACAAUGUGCAUGUUACUUGUGAUGUGGUUGAUAAAAAUGUUGUGCUUCUGUUUGAUGUUUCACGAGAUGACAAGCGGCAGUAUGCAAAUCACUCGAGGAUCGUUUCUCUACCUCUGGAUAACUCCCAUGAUGAACAGUGCUGACCCCAUGUCGAUGAUGAUGAUGCAGCAGCAAUACGGUGGUGGCUAUGGCUAUGGCGUCCCGGCGGUUCCGAUUUCUGCGGCGGAAAUGGCUGCUCACCAUGCCGCGCAAGCGGCCUUUUGGGAGACACUGACGAAGCUCCAGGGUGGGCAGGAGGCCGAGGGCACGAACUCCUCCGGUGGUGGACAAUGCGGCAGGAACAGCAAACGACAAAAGAAAUCGUGAAGGCUCUGCUAGAAGUACCUUGCUGCACCAGUCACUCACACUCAACAUCGGAGGACAUUCUUUUAGGUUGAAAAAUCGGACGACGACACUCACUACACUUUUAUUUUUAAUUUAUGAAAAUCACUGAAUCGUACGACAUUUUUUUCUUUUCGUGUUUGAAUUUAGAUUCAAACGAAAAUGUUGAAGAGUCGCAGUGCACAACAUUCACAGUCAGGAAAUUGUGCGGGUCCGAGGCUUCCAGAGAGAAUUGAAAGAGCUACUCGUCGACGUUUUCAUUCGACGGAAAUGGAUUUUUGUUCAAGCUAUUGGUGUAUAGUGAGAAUUCUAAAUUCUUCUACUAACUUGAUGAAACCCAAUAUGAUAAGGAGAAUCUGAAGUUGGUUCGGGGCAGUCGGCCUUGGUUUAACUCGUCUGUCCUCUCGUCGCCAUUGUGAUUGUACG